AUGAGCAAAGCAAACAAAUUUAUUAGUACAUUAUAUUAGGUUCUGGAAGUAAUUAAUAGCAUAAAUUUAGAGCAAUGAGUAUUUCAAUUAUGUUUCUUGGACCAACAACGGGUCAUCUUUCACGAUUCAUAGGUUAGAUGAAUUUAAAAAAGUUGUAAUGAAGGAUUGCUUUAACUCUAUAAGCAUUGAAUCAUUUUAUAGACAAAUGUGCUUGUAUGGGUUUCGAUUGAAGAAGAAGAAAGGGUUGAAGGAAUACUCGCAUCCCAAUUUUAUUUCAGGAAGAUUGUACUUAAAAUAGUUUAAGCAGUUAGUAAAGAGUUAGGUCUAGUGUAAAGGAAGAGGAAGACUUAGGUCGUAUCUGAUGACUUGAUUAAAGUGAGUAAUAGUUUAAAGGAGUAAUUUCAAAAGCUAAAAGAGCAAUAAUAUUCUUUCUUAUAUUAAUUGAAAGUGCAAUAUGAAAUCCACAAAAUUCUAUCCAACAAAAUAAAAUGGCUUCUUUCUGUAAAAAUGUUAUAACGACAUUGUAGCAAUUCGAAAAUCAAUAUCCGGAAUUUUGGAAGCAAUAAAUGAGAAUCAUAUUAAAGCUAAUAGUUGGAUGCAAACCAGUCUAUGGGGCAGAAACUUCAGCACCACUUUAUGAAAUAUUAAAGGAUGAUCUAUUGUAACAAGAAGAUUUUUAUUCUCCAAAAUAAUGGCCAUUUUAGUGA